GUGGGACACCUACGAACAUAGGUUAGCUUACAGUAGAUACACGUUGGCCCUUUGGCGUGAAGCAUGGCUCGUGUGGGGGAAAUGGAGGUUCUCCAAGCACAGAUGGAGGAACUACGGGUUCAGUUGGAAACCCUCAGAAUUGGGGAGGCCCACAGAGGGCAGAGCAAGGACGUUUCACUUGUAGCCGGGAUAAAGGAAUGGACGGGGGAAAGUAAGGGGAGAUCUGUAUACGAGUUUUUAACGCAGAUAGAGACAUUGGCCAAGGUGAGUGGAUGGACUAGCCACGAUAAAGCUUUCAUUGUUAAGGCCAAAUUGCAAGGGUUGGCCCUGCAGUUCUUGAAUGGAAGGGAAGAGCUAGGUCGAGAUGGAUGUUCCUACGAAGUUCUGAGGCAGGCACUGAUUGAGAGGUUCAGUGACAAGCUCCCUGACCAGUAUUACUAUACUAGACUACAGGACGCGGUUCAGGGGAAGAACGAAAGCGCGGAGGAGUUCAGUGACCGUUGUAGGAAGAUGUGUCAAAGAACCAUCAGGAAGGUUAACGACGAAGGGACCCAGCGUAUAAUUAAUGAGGAGGCGGAACGUAGAUUGUUGGCAGCCUAUGUUCACGGUCUUAGGGGCAUAGUGGGGCAACAAGUACAAUUUCAGAUGCCCAGCACGAUGGAGCAGGCGGUGAGGUUAGCGGUCACAGUAGAAAACGUGGAGAAACACAAACAGCUAACCGAAGGAGUCAAGAAGGUAUUUACCGCUAGGAGCGACGUUGAAUGUUUCCGUUGCGGGAAAAGAGGGCAUUAUGCUAGGGAUUGCCGACAAGAAACCCCCUCCAUGACGUCAGGUCGGAGGUCGUGGCGAGAUCAGAGCUCUAGGCGGAGGGACCCACCCUCCCGCGACCUUCUGCUCACUCGAGGAGGUAGAGGAAGGGUCGGAUCAGGCAGGCAAAGCUUUCGGGGACCAGACUGCCCAAAAUUUUCUCGAGCUGCCCAGCACCCAAACGGUCAGGGUUCGACGUCCAGAUCCCCAGCGUCGAACCAGCAAUAGAGUGCACGACGGUAGGUCGGUCGCACGUAGGAAUUACUGGCCCAGAGUUGUUGCUAGAAAUAGAAAUAGAAGGAAGUUUCCACCAGGUGUUAGUAGAUUCAGGAGCCAGCCUGAGCGUGAUGAAGCCGGGAAUUAAUACGUCAGAUAUUCGUGCUACACG